GAAAACAACAUUAACGACACUUAAGUGAAGCACCUGACCCAGCGGCUUUAGGCCUUUUCCCUCCCCGCCGAGUCCAAGACCUGCUCUGCUCUGCUCUUCAAUUUCGCCGCAGCGAGCAUCGACGGAAAAUCUCAGUCAUCUCUUUGCACUAUGCGCACGUUAGCAGCCAGGCUCACCACUUAUUACUGUAGAAGAAACCCAGUACGGAAUGCGCAGCCUCGCAAUUUCUCAACUUACAACGGAAGAGAUGAGCUCUCCCUUGAACAGGACGCUGAAAGAAAAAUCGGAUGGCUGUUGAAGCUGAUAUUUGCUGGGACUGCAACUUGCAUAGCUUACAACAUCAUGCCGUAUAUGGGAGAUAAUUUGUUGCAACAGUCCGUGUCACUUUUAACGGUCAAGGAUCCUUUGUUCAAGAGAAUGGGGGCUUCUCGAUUAGCUCAGUUUGCAAUUGAUGAUGAAAGGAGGAUGAAAAUAGUGGAGAUGGGUGGUGCUCAAGAGCUCGUAAACAUGUUGGUGGAUGCUAAAGAUGACCGCACAAGGAAGGAGGCUUUGAAAGCUCUUUCUGCUCUGUCACCCUCAGAUCAAGCUAUUGGAGCUUUACACCAAGCUGGGGCAAUCUCAGUUAUCAGAUCAACCCCUGAUUCCUUGGAGAGUGCUGAAAUUGAGAAAUACAAGUCAGGCUUGCUCAAGAGAUUUCAGGAUCUUUGGAGAGUCUUCAGACUCUUAGCCUCCUAUUACAGGCUGCAACACAAUCUCAAAAAGGCCAUGCCUGCAUUGUAA